AAUCAUUUUUAUCACUUUUUAGUCAAUGGCUGAAUAUGCUGAAAAAAGUGAAAAAGAGUCUUUCAUCACCUCUCAGUCCUUGUAAAAGACAUCAGGUACCACACAUUAAUCUCCACGAUCUGGUGCCUGAGCAGAUCUUAGACAAAGAUCCGCCAACUCCACCUGUUAGUGACAGAGAGACACCCUCCCCGGGACCUAUGACUUGUGCUUCCCCAAGGGAGAAAGGCAGGAAUUCUCCCCGUACAAAGUAUUACAAUGGAAGUGCACAUUCAGUAGGGUGUCUGCGUCAUGGCACUAUCAAUAACGCCCAGGCAGUGAGGGCGGUUUAUCUGCUGAUGGGAGGGGCCGCUGCUUCCUCUGCUAUGGGUUACUUAGGCGCAUGCUCACCCUCCAAUCUGGAAGCUAAAGCUCCUGACCUGCCACUCAACACAGAUUUCUCUGGCAUGGGACCAACAGGAACAUACCACACCAGCGGCCCCGCACUCGACUCCCCUCACUUCAACAGCUUUGACUUUGAGGUGGCAGACUCUGAUUUUGAUGCUUUUGAUUGCGGUGGGUUUACUUUCUGAUGGGAAUGGUUACGGGUAUGGACAGCUUUAAUGAUACUAAAAGACAUAUCUGAUAUUGUGUCAUGAUUUGUCCAAAUGGCAGAACCAUGUGAAAAUGAUGCUUUUUAGGAGACAUCACCUUUUAAGCAGACUUGUUGGCAAACAGUUGCAUACAGUAUUGAUAUAUUCAGCAGUCCUGUCUCUGUCCACCUGGCCUAAGUCUUUCAGCUUUGUUUUUGGUCUCUACCAGUUCCUGAGAGAAAUAUCUGUCUGUUUAGCUGCUAAAUGCUCCACUAUGUUCACCAGCUAGUUGCUAACUCUGUCUUUGUGAGUGGUUAGAGUGAACCAAAGUUGUGGGCCACAUGCAUUGCGCACUGCGUUGGGCAGUCUCCCACACACAAGCACAUAUUUCUGGUAGAUUACUCUGAAACAUGAACUGAGUAUUGACAGUGUUAAUAGUUGUUGCCAUUGUGUCUUUCCAGAAUGGAAAAAUCCUGUCUGUGAGGUAUUAUAAACCGUGCAGGUUUUUUGUGUCUCAUAAGCCGUUAAACACAUUAAUCUGUUACUCCAACUAGACUUUCUGGAUUGUAUUGCAUUGUCUGGCUGACACCUAACACGCCUCCACCAACACACCCCUUGUCCUGUAUUCACAUAGGAUCUGAGUCCCUGCUGAGGAUGUGACAUAUUCAUACAAUAUCUAUAUUUUUGAAUUAUUGGAAUAUUUUGUAACAUUUAAUUACAUUUGACAUCACUGAAGUGAUGUAAGGCAAAGUAAAAUGUUUUCACUAUGUGAUUAUGAAUUCCAUCAGUAUAAACUGUAACAUUUAUGUUGUGAUACAGACACAAUGAUCAUUAUUGCAAAAUUAAUUUUCUGCAUAUUGCCCACCCCAUAUAUAUGCAUUAUUUGGCAUGAUUAUUACAUCAUCAAUCAUUUCAUAUAAUAUCUCUCAGUGAUUAUGAAUCUGAAAAUUCAUAAUAUGUUAUGUUGUUAAGCUGUGAAUGAACCAUGUAUGUUCACUAUACCAUUGAUAUUAAUGGAAGAUUUGCGAUAUGGCGCACUUGUGUACCAUUUCAACAUAAUAUUUUAGGGAGCAUUAUACUUAUUAUAUAACCUUGAGUGGAUUAAAAUAGAUCUGUAUCAGAUAUUUGAUCUAGUAAGAGUUAACCUCUGACUGUGGACAAAUCAAUCUAAUAGGGCUUUUCUGAAUCUCAGCAUCAUCCACUGUUGUGCUGUGUACAGUGUUUCUUUCAAAUAUCCAGCUGUUAUGUGCUUAUGUCCUAUGUUAGGUUGAAAGCAAGUUUAUGUUGUGAUGUCUAUUUGAGCCCCUGUUACUUAUGAGCAUAUGAAUAAAAUGUGUACAUCUGUCAGGUUAA